UUUUUUUAUUCCAAAAUAAAAAAAAAAUCAAUUGGGUGUAUUUCCCGAAAAACUAUACAUUCAAAAUAUUUGUAAAGCGCGAAGCUGGAAGUGGAAAAAUCGGAUAUAUAAUACAGAUGCGCGCUAAAACCGAGUACCUCUCUGAUCGGAAAUUCUCUCAUUUUCUCCUACUUUCCCAUUUGCCAAACAAAUUCAAUCAAACUCCCUACAAACACUCCCCACACAGGCCAAAUUAAAAUUAUUAUGCAUUCCCAAGAGAUCAGUAACGCUGACAAUAACAGCGAAAUCGCUUCUCAUUCUUCUCCAUCUGUUUCAGUUCCAGACUGGGAUCAACCCCUCACAGAGGAAGAGCUCCAAGCCAUUGAUGCUAUUGAAGCCGCAUUUCAACGGUCCACAUCUGCGAAUGGUACUCCUUCAUCAUCCGUUAUCAGGAAACGACGUUCACAUCCCCAAAAUGACCUAGAUAUGAAGAAAACUUGCCGCCAGUUGCCCAAUUCCGUUCUGGGUCUCUGUAGACCCUUUUCACUAUCUCCUUGUCAAGGUGUUUUGCCUGGAAAAGUUGCAGUUAUGCAGUUAUGCUGCGGCACUGAUUAUUGUCAUGUGAUGCAUAUUUUUCAUUCUGGAAUCACAGAGACACUGCAGUUUCUUCUUGAGAAUUCUACACUGCUAAAAGUUGGAGUUGGCAUUCACAAUGAUUCUGUGAAGUUUUUUAAAGACUAUAAAAUAUCUGUUAAAGCAGUGGAGGACCUUUCUUAUCUGGCAAAUAAAAAACUUGGCGGGGAACCUAAAAGUUGGGGUCUUCAAUCUCUAACUGAAAAGCUCAUUUCUAAAGAGCUUCAAAAGUCGAACAAAAUUAGACUGGGAAACUGGGAAGUAGAUGUUUUAUCAAAGAAUCAACUAGAGUAUGCUGCCACAGAUGCUUUUGCUUCUUGGCAGCUUUACCAGGUGUUAAAAAGUCUCCCAGAUGCAAAGGAUGCAACUGCUGAAAGAAGUGAGGAAGUGAGAGUUGUCACACAACAAUGAGGUCUGCUGUUAUGAUCACCUAAUCAUGCAUAUCUAUCUGUUGCAAAAUGAAUUAAAUUUUUAGAUUUUGCCACCAUUAUUCUUUAUAGAAGGUCUAUUCAGAAUAAUUAUUGCUUCAUAUGAAAAUUGAUCUUACAUUUGUAUCAUUGGCACAUAGGGGGGUUUAAACUUCGACUUCACUAGUCUUAUGAGGAGAUAAUAACAUAUUUAUAUAUAUUGUAGGUUAAUAAUACAUGAGCUAAACUAAAAAAUGGGAUUUGAGCUUGAGAUUUAUCAAUUAAAGUAUCAAACCUUUAACAGUUUAGCAUAUAAAGCAAGGGUUAGUACUAUGAGGAUGGUCAUGGUCAUUGUCUUGACUUUUCAGCAUAAUUUAUAGCAUGUCUUGACAUGAGAAGUUCGUUUGAUUAACCCUGAAUAACAUUUGUUUUUCAUGAACAUUUUCUUUGGAAUUGGAUUGGACCACCAUCCGUACCAAGCUGGGCAUAAGAGGAGGGAAGAAAUUGGCCAGAAUUUAGAAAGGUAGAAUAACGUAGUGAGAUACAAAAGGGACAUGUUCACUUUCCUGAAAUGUGCCAACUUAUUAUUUUGCAAAGGCGAAAUCUUUGGAAUAGUGAUGUGUGUUAAUCAAGAUCCAAAAUGAACAUCCGAAUUUCUCGGUAGUUAUCAAGAGAAAAUCCAACAUCCCACAUGCCCAGCACAUGGUUAAAGAGACAAAAGGUUAUGUCCAAUCUCUUGUUGGCUUUUGCCAUGCCAAAAAGCUGAUUAAAAUCCAACAUAUUUAGUUCUUGUGUAUACGGUUUAGCUGUAAAAUGGAUUUCAUUCUUUUUC